AGGGUGGCUAAAUUUGUUAUAUUAAUAGUUAAUGUUUAUGAUAAAGAAUGUUGAAUAACUGAUAACAAGGAAAUAUUGGAGUCUUCUCUUAUUUCUGGGGAUUUAUAUUUUGAAGAGGUUUAAAUAGAAGCAAACAAUAUGAGAGACAGAUUACAAGAACUGAAAAAUGGCAUGCCGGGCGACAUGGACGACGAUGACGACGUUGCCGUUCAAGUUGAAGCUGAUGGCGACAAUAUGUCUGAGUUCUUUAAACAGGUUGAAGAGAUACGAGGCUACAUUGAUGUAAUAUCAACCAAAGUACAAGAAGUUAAAAUAUUACACAGCGAUAUUUUGUCCGCACCACAAACUGAUGAUGCCACCAAUGAGAAGAUGGAGGACUGCAUGGCCGAUAUAAAGAGGAACGCGAAUAAAGUUCGAGGAAAACUGAAGUUGAUUGAACGAAAUAUGGAAGAAAAUUCAAAUGUUUUGCCCGCAGAUCUAAGAAUGCAAAAAACUCAACACUCAACGUUAUCGCGCAAGUUCAUUCAUGUAAUGACGGAAUAUAACGCGACACAAAACGAUUAUCGUGAACGCUGUAAAGCAAGAAUACAACGCCAGCUUGAAAUAACAGGGAAACAGGUGUCAGAUAAUGAGAUCGAAGAUAUGUUGGAACGAGGAAAGGAUGGAAGCUCUGCUAUAUUUACUGGAGGGAUAAUCAUGGACACUCAGCAAACUAAACAAGCUUUGAACGAUAUCGAAGCUCGCCAUAAUGACAUCAUAAAGCUUGAAACAAGUAUAAAGGAGUUACAUGAUAUGUUUAUGGACAUGGCUAUGCUAGUAGAACAACAGGGUGAAAUGGUGAACCAAAUAGAAUACAACGUAACGAGCGCUGCAAGUUACGUUGAAACUGCCAAUACUGAGAUUAAAAAAGCCGUUAAAUAUCAAAGCGCUGCGCGAAAGAAAAAAAUUAUCAUCAUCGUAAUUGUUCUAAUUGUGCUUGCUGUAAUUGGAAUUAUAGUAGGGGUUUCUGUCGGUACUAAGACUUAAGCACCAAAGGUCUGCCUAUCCUACCAACCCAGAAAAAAAUUAUCAUCAUCGUAAUCAUUCUUAUUGUGCUCGGUGUCAUUGGACUUAUAGUAGGGUUAACUGUUGGUUAAGAACCAACGUGACUUACAACAAAGUGCCAACAUUACAUACAAGGGGUUUACAGAUGUAAUUGCAGUGUCCAUGCACCCUGCACUUGUACUUUGCUUUUACUGACCCUUAUACUUCAAUAUGUUCCACUUGUACAAACAAUUUACUUUCCCACUAUGUAGCAUGGCUAAGGCACUGGUGUCCCGUUUUCCCCAAAUUGGUUUGACUUUUAAAUUCUUCAUAAAUUACUAGAUAAUUAGUAAAAAAUAUGCAAAAACUAUUAUUUGUGCUUGAAAUUUCAAUUAUUGGGACCUGAUUUUAUUCUUACAACUCCUUAAAAAAAUAGGAAAUCACAUUUAAUUCAAAAGUUUGGGGUAAUGGGUCAACUCUGGCCUAAAUCCCAGUUCCCUUGAAAUGCUACUAUGUAAGACCCAUAUAGAAUUGAAUGCAAGCUAGCUGUUCAUGGUUUCAAUUAUUCCUGACUACACCUUGCAAUAAGUCCACGCAAUACUUUUGACUUGUGUCAGCAUUUGUAAUUAAAACAGAACAGCCGUAAAAAGACGGUCAAAUUAAAAGUGAUUUUUUAUUUCAUUUUAUUCUUUAGAUUAUAUUUUUGUUGUUUUAACGCUAAUAAUAAUGUUGUUACUUAUUUGUCAACAAUUUCGAUUAUUCCAUCUUCUAUAUCUCACUGUUACAUCACAAAGGGUCUUAUUGAUAUUUUAAUUCCAAAUAAUAAUCCCAACAAACAAAAUAAAUGACAUACGGCCCAAUUCCAAAUUUGUUCCAAUUUCAGUCCAUGAAAUUCACCGUGGCAUCAGGCAAAUGCCACUGUUAUAGUUUGCAACUGUGGCGAAAAAAUAGCCACCGUAGAAUUGGAUUUGCUUCUGUGGCAGUAAAGAAUGCCACAGUAGUAACUACUUUAUCAAGGCAAAUUGUAGUUAUUAAAAAAAUGCAUUUAAUAUUCUUGGGUGUGAUAUUGCAUCCUCAAGAACGAGCAUGCGGUAAAUUGCCGUGGUAGAUUAAGUUUCCAUGGCGAUUAUGUUGCCACGGUGAUGCGAGGUGAAUUUCAUGGACUUCCAUUAUUUUAAUUCUUUCUUUAUGACAUCAUAACCAACUGUGUCCGUCACCAAUUGAAGCAGCCUUAAUUUUGUACCUCAUCCAAGUCCCCAUAACUUAUCAGAUUUCUAUGCUUAACAUGUACAAGUACUUUGUGCUCGUUUUAAAGUGCGAAAAUUUUUAUUUAAUCCAUUUUCAACUUGUGAUGGAUAAAUCUAUUUUGCUCCUUUAAGAAUAUACCAAAAAAUAAUUGAAAAAAA